UUGUUAACUGUCUGUCAUGUCAGCUACCCAAAACCACGUCGUCUUGCUUUCUUUCUUAGCAUUUUCGACUUUUUAUUAUAAAAUUACAGAACCUAAACAAAAAACCACAGUUGGGAACCUUGCCAGUUGGUUGCCAUCGACAGAAAUAAAGACCAACAAUAGUACCGCUAUGCUCCCUCUCUGUGUCUUGUUCACUAUUUUCCCUCUUCUUUCUUUUUCAUAGAUCUUGCCUUACUACAACAUGUCAGUUGCUGCCACGUCCCCAGCCGUUGGAUCUUUCUACCUCAGGCGCCGAUCACCUAGUACGGCCAUGUCCAUGCCUCGCUUUAGGAUGGCCGUCCGAUCUGCUGCCGUUUCUGUCACUCCGCUGUUGACCAAGCUACACAACGACUCUGCCACUCCUUUGCCCCUCCUGCGCCACGUGGCAGACGCCAUGGCCGCCGACAUGCGAGCCGGGCUUGCCGUGGAAGGUGGGAGUGACCUCAAGAUGAUACUCAGCUAUGUUGACAGCCUCCCAAGCGGGAAUGAGGAGGGGUUGUUUUAUGCACUGGAUCUUGGAGGCACAAACUUCAGGGUGCUGAGGGUACAACUAGGCGGCAAACAAGAGCGCGUCAUUGCCACCGAAUUCGACCAAGUUUCCAUUCCUAAAGAGCUUAUGUUUGGCACCUCAGAGCAACUGUUUGAUUUCAUUGCUGCUGGGCUGGCAAAAUUUGCACAAAAAGAGGGUAAUAAAUUCCACCUUCCAACUGGUACAAAAAGGGAGAUUGGAUUCACAUUUUCAUUUCCUGUGAAGCAGACCUCCAUUGACUCUGGCAUACUAAUUAAGUGGACAAAGGGUUUUUCUGUUUCUGGAACGGCGGGGAAAGAUGUGGUUGCUUGUUUGAAUGAGGCUAUGGAAAGGCAGGGACUUGAUAUGCGGGUGUCUGCCCUGGUUAAUGAUACGGUUGGAACAUUAGCUGGAGCAAGAUAUUGGGAUGAUGAUGUCAUGGUUGCUGUUAUUUUGGGUACUGGAACCAAUGCUUGCUAUGUUGAACGGGCAGAUGCUAUCCCGAAACUACAGGGUCAGGUCUCUUCUUCUGGCAAAACGAUUAUUAACACUGAGUGGGGAGCAUUCUCAGAUGGUCUUCCUUUGACUGAAUUUGAUAGAGAAAUGGAUGCUGCUAGUAUCAAUCCCGGUGAGCAGAUCUUUGAGAAAACAAUUUCUGGAAUGUAUCUGGGUGAAAUUGUACGAAGAGUGUUAGUGAAGAUGGCUGAAGCAGAUGCUUUGUUUGGUGAAUCUGUCCCAGAAAAACUAUCAACACCUUUUGUACUCAGGACCCCAGAUAUAUGUGCUAUGCAGCAAGAUAUAUCUGAUGACCUUCAAGAUGUUGGAUCAAUCCUAUACAAUGUAGCAGGGGUUGAGUCAAAUCUAAGUGCAAGAAAGAUUGUGGUGGAUGUAUGUGACACCAUCGUAAAGCGAGGUGGGCGCUUAGCUGGUGCAGGAAUAGUAGGGAUACUUCAAAAGAUGGAGGAGGAUUCAAAAGAUCUCAUCUUUGGCAAGAGGACAGUGGUGGCAAUGGAUGGAGGGUUGUAUGAAAACUAUCCUCAAUACAGAAGAUAUUUGCAAGAGGCUGUGACAGAGCUUCUUGGGACAGAGAUUUCGAAGAAUGUGGUCAUAGAACAUUCGAAAGAUGGGUCUGGCAUAGGGGCUGCUCUCUUGGCUGCUGCAAAUUCCCAGUAUACAUAAUGAGUAUGGCUCGUAGGGCAGGACAGCACUCUUGCUGCCAACAAGGUAAUAUAGAAUUAGCCCCUGGUUAAAAAGGGUUGUAAUUAAUUUGCAAUUUGGUUGAACUUGGCAUUGUUUUGGCGAAUAAGAAAGUGAGUGAACAAGACAUUGAUGAAUUUAGGAUUCGAUUCAGAAUUGUAAUUCAGAAGUAGAUUGUACAACUUUGAGAUCAUAAUGCACCAUCCAUCUGUAUGGUGCAA